AUGCCGGUGGCGGAUUCGGAACGGGCGAACUUGAGGCGGAUCCCCGACAAGCUGCCAAUGGUCGCCUUGUUGAUCCUGGUUGUCGAGCUCGGAGAAAGAUUCACCUACUUCGGUCUCAGUGGUCCCAUGCAAAAUUAUAUCAACAACCCAUAUGCUCCUGGAUCUGAUCUCCCUGGCGCACUUGGUAAAGGCCAAGCCGUUGCUACAGCCCUCGGAAACUUCUUCAAGUUCUGGGCCUAUGCUUCCACAAUCAUCGGAGCCAUUGUCGCAGACCAAUACCUCGGAAAGUUCAAAGCCAUUCUUGUAGCCGGUGCUAUCUACGUUGUCGGUCUCGUCAUUCUAGUAACAACUGCGACACCAUCAGCAAUUCAGAAUGGAGCAGGAUUCGGAGGACUUAUUGCCGCUAUGGUCACGAUUGGUCUUGGCACUGGAGGUAUCAAGGCUAACGUGACUCCCAUGUGUGCUGAGCAGUACCAAAACUCUAGGCCAGUCCUCAAGACACUCAAGUCUGGAGAACAGGUUGUGGUCGACCCGGAGCUCACAGUGCAAAAACUUUUCAUGUGGUUCUACUGGGUCGUGAAUGUGGGAGCACUCUCUCCACUCAUCACUGUCAAUGUCGAAGCCAAGCACUCCUUUUGGCUUGCGUACUUGAUCCCUUUGAUUGCCAUCGUCAUCUCUCUCGUCAUCUUCCUCAGUAACCAGAAGCGAUACGUCAAAGUUGGCCCCCACAGCUCUGCUAUCGUCGACGCUAUCAAGGCCAACACCAUUGCAUGCCGCGAGAAGGGCUUCCAUAAUGCCAAACCAUCUGCCCUUGCUGAAGCUGGGAAGGAUGAAAAGUACAAAUUCUCUCGAGAAGCGAGGUAUACCGAUGCAUACGUGGAGGAUGUCCGACGAGGUGUCAAAAGCUGCAAGAUGUUCCUUUUCUUUCCCUUUUACUUCGUGUGCUGGACUCAAAUCUGGAACAACCUCAUUUCCCAAGCUGGCACGAUGGCGCUACACGGAACACCCAAUGACCUCCUUCAAAAUUUGGAUCCUAUCGCACUCAUUAUAUUUAUCCCGUUCCUUGAUCUCGUUGUCUACCCUGGCCUCCGUAAGAUGAAGAUCGACUUCGACCCCAUUUCGCGCAUCUUUGCUGGCUUCCUGCUCGCCUCCAUCUCCAUGGUUUACGCUAGUGUCCUUCAAUUCUACAUCUACAAGUCUGCUCCGAAGAGCAUCCACGUGUGGAUACAAGCUCCGGCAUACAUCUUUGUUGCCUUUUCCGAGGCCUUCAUCAUCAUCACUGGACUUGAGCUGGCCUUUACGCAAGCUCCUAAGAACCUUCGAUCCUUCAUUUCCGCCCUCUUCUGGGUCACCAUCGGAAUAGCAGCCGCCAUAUGCAUUGCACUCAGUCCAGUCUCGCAGGAUCCGCAUCUAGUGUGGAUGUACGGGUCUCUGGCCAUUGUCGGCUUCGUGGCCGGGUGUCUCUUCUUUCUCUGCUUUCGCAAGGACCGGAAGUGGGCGUCCAAUGCCAUCAUUCUAGAGGCUGUCCACGUUGACACCAAUACCAAUGCUGCUGUUGGUCAGGUAGAUAAAUAUGGUUCCGGCAAGAGUAGUUAG